GACCGCACAGCUGCAGUUCUGUAAACACUUGUCUUCUGCUUAUACUGUAAAUCAGUUUCACCCACCGUUUCCCUGGCUCUCCCUCUCACGACACAACACACACGAACCAAAAAAAAAGAUAAACACCAUAAACUCAAAACAACGAGUCAUUUCUGCCCGUAAUUGCUUGUUGUAAUUUACUUACUAGAUGAUGCAGAUCGAUGUGUUUUUCAUACCUGGAAGCCUGGAUGGGAAAGAAAAACAUGACGGCUUACUGUCAGCAAAAGGUCAGAGAAGUGCAUCUCUACACAGAUAACCACAGAAGAGGGAUGUAUCUGCAAAUGACUUUGGAUGGGACAGUGUCAGGAAGUGAUGUUCAGACCCCUUACAGUGUGCUGGAGCUGAAAGCAGUUAAACCAGGCCACAUAGUCAUCAAGGGACAGUUAUCAUCUUUGUUUCUCUGUGUGGACAACACGGGCCAUUUGAGGGGCCAGAGUCACUACACAGAGGCCGACUGCAGCUUCAAAGAACUGCUGCUGGUGGAUGGAUACACACGUUUUCUUUCCUCAUCCCAUGGAUUUCCUGUGUCUCUGGCAACAAAACAGUCACCAGAGCAACACUCAGUCCCCUUCAUUCGAUUCUUACCACUUAGGAAUACCCUGAUAGUGGAGGGUGUAUCUGAACAACCACCAGACAAUCAGAAAUAUUUCAGCGUGGACUCUGAUGACCUUCUCGGAAUGAUUCAUAGGCCUAUGGUCAGUCCUCAGUUUUCAAUGGACAAGUAGAGAAAAUGAAUUGCACAGAUCUCUAACUGUAUAUUUAUCUUGAAAAUGUUACUUUUCUCAACGUUUUUAUGAAUAUUAUGGUAACUUAUUUAUUUAUUGUGUGUGUGGAGAGUAUCUAAUGCUUAU